AUGAUCAUCACAGUCGAGCCACUCCAGCCAGUGAUCAUCAGCCGUCCCGGCCUUGUGCUUGAGACAGGUGGAGGGACCUUCCAACAACGUUUCUCAGGCAAGUACGAUCUCAAUACGACCAGUUCAACUCGUGUAAAAAAUCCCGAUUCCAGCCAAAAUGCCGCAACGCUUCAUCCAGCUGAAAAUUGUUCCAACGUCAUUGCUCAAAAUGAUGCGCAAUUCUUGUGCGUCUACUACCAGAAUGUCAGGGGCCUACGUACGAAAACGACGGACGUGAAUCUACGAUUGUCGGCUUGUGAUUACGACAUAGUAGUUUUAACCGAAACGUGGCUACGGUCUGAUAUAUGCAAUUCAGACUACACCAUAUUUCGUUGUGAUCGUAGUGAGUCCACCAGCAACCUUAGUAGAGUGGGGUGUGCUAAUUGCUGGGAAACGACGAUAUCAACGGCUUGCUUCCCCGGUCUGGUGCAAAUCAACUCCAUUUCGAAUCGUAAUAGUAGAGUGCUUGAUCUUGUGUUCACGAGCUCGUCGGACAUCUUAGAAGUUUCUCAGCCAGCCUUGCCCCUCCUACCAACAGAUGAUCAUCACCCGCCAGUGCUAAUACAAAUGGAUGUUUGCAGUUUCGUACCCGCUCAAACUGAACGCGAUCCAGAUGCUAUAGAUUUCGACUUCCGGCGAUGCGAUUGUCUCUCUCUUAAUUCUGAGCUUUCUACGAUCAACUGGAAUCAAUAUCUCCAGGCGCCUUCUAUCGAUGGUAAUGUUGUCUUGUUCUAUGACAAACUGUAUGAAGUUUUUCAAUUGAUGGUACCUCGUCGCCGAAGUGAUAAUCAUGGUAUUAGCAGAAACCCCUGGUGGAAUGCUGAACUUCGUAACCAACGAAACAAAUUGAGAAAAGCGUACAAAAGAUUCUUCGCCAACAAAACCGAUGAGAACAGGAAUGCACUCCGACUGGUGGAAUCUUCCUACAACGAGCUUCUUGACUCCUGCUACCGUAGACACCUGGACAACUUGCAGUCGAAUUUAAAGAACAACCCCUCCAUGUUUUGGAAGUUUGUGAAAUCUCAGAAGACAAGUAACCAAAUUCCGAAGACUGUGAAUUACGGUAACGCUACUGCAACUACAUCUGACGAGGCUGCGAACCUUUUUGCGGCAUUCUUUCAAAGCGUAUUCAAUGCAACAUCUCUGGCAGCAGGCUUCCAGAACGUCCCAGUCCAUGAAAUACGUCUUCCACGCUUUCAGUUCUCCCAUCGUGAAGUGCUAGAGGCUCUUUGUGAGCUUGACGUGUCCAAAGGGGCAGGAGUGGACGGCUUAACGCCCUAUCUUCUGAAAAGCGGUGCUGAAUCUUUUGCGACUCCACUGCUACUGCUUUUCAAUCAAUCGAUGAAAGACAAUACGUUCCCGGAAUUAUGGAAAACUGCAAAAAUGAUCCCUGUCCACAAACCAAAAACAUGGUUUCGUGGCUCUACUACGACCAACCUGUUAUGUUACUCUAACGUGCUGUUCCGUGAAAUCGAACGGCGAAAUCAGGUGGAUUUGAUUUACUUCGACUUUUCGAAAGCGUUCGACUGCAUACCACAUCAUCAUGCCGUCAGUAAGUUGCGACACACGGGCUUUCCAGACUGGGUAGCGGACUGGAUUUUAUCCUACAUGACUGGCGGAAAAGCUUACGUUGAAACAAACUCUUCCCGAUCCAAGGACUUCAACAUUCCUUCGGUGUUCCGCAAGGCAGGGCCAUAA